AUAUACAAACCUUUUUAUGGCGCCUGUUCCGAUCGCUUCGUCUGCAAAUUCUCCUCUCUCCCAGCUAGCUUUUUAGUAGUCUCCUCGCAAUGGCCAUCGCCCGAUUUCCCCCUUACCUGAUUACAUCUGACCACCGCGAACGCUGUCUCGAACAGCUGCGCUCCAAGUCAGCUCCUCUUGAAAAAUACAUCUACCUCAAUGGUCUCAAGGAGCGUGACUCGAAUCUAUUCUACGACCUCCUGCUCCAAAACAUGAAGGAAAUCAUUCCUUUGCUUUAUACCCCAACUGUUGGGGAGGCGUGUGUCAACUACUCCCACAUAUGGAGGAGACCGGAAGGUCUGUAUGUCUCGAUCGAGGACAAGGGUCACAUCCGCGACAUCCUCUCCAUGUGGCCAAAUACCAUUGACAGCCGCAUCGCUGUCGUCACAGACGGCUCGCGCAUCCUUGGUCUUGGUGACCUCGGCGCUAAUGGCCUCCCCAUCAGUAUUGGAAAACUAGAUCUCUACAUUGCAGGUGCUGGAAUCAAACCUUCAUCGACUGUCCCCAUAUGUUUAGAUCUUGGGACAAAUACCCAAAGAUAUCUCGACGAUCCUCUCUAUAUCGGCAUCCGCCGGAAGAGGCCAGAGCCAGAAGAAAUGGACGAAUUCAUGGACGAGUUCAUAGAAGCAAUGAAAGAUGUUUUCCCAAGCUUGAUGGUUCAGUUUGAGGACUUCUCGACAGACAAUGCCUUCAAGUAUCUUGAUAGGUACCGUUAUAAGUACCGGGUGUUCAACGAUGAUAUUCAAGGAACUGGCUCUGUUAUCCUGUCUGGCUUCAUCAAUGCCGCGAACCUCUCAUCGGCUGCCUCGGGCAAGCCGUUGGCAGACCACAGAAUCCUUUUCUUCGGAGCAGGCUCUGCUGGUAUUGGUGUUGCAAAGCAGCUCCUAUCCUUCUUUACCAUGCAUGGCUUGACUCCCGAAGAGGCCAAGGCUCGGAUUUGGACUGUCGAUUCCAAGGGCCUUAUCACGGCUGACCGCAAGGGCUUGCAAGAACACAAGAAAUUCUUUGCUCGUACCGACUACAACGGCCCUGCUCUAAAAGAUCUGGUGGAUAUCAUCAACUAUGUCAAGCCCACUGCUCUUCUCGGUCUUAGCACCCUCAAGAAUGCUUUCUCGGAGGCAGUGGUGAAGGCUAUGGCUGCCAUCAACGAGCGUCCUAUCAUCUUCCCCCUCUCAAAUCCCGUUAAUCUCAGUGAGCUUGAGUACCACGAUGCGAUCGAAUGGACGAAUGGAAAGGUCAUCUUCGCAUCGGGAAGCCCGUACUUCCCGGUGACCUACAAAGAUAUUACCUACGAACCCGGCCAAGGCAACAACAUGUACAUUUUCCCUGGUCUUGGUCUAGGUGCUAUUCUGUCCAGGGCACGCCACGUUUCGGACGCCAUGGUUGAACAGGCAUCAAUUGCGCUCGCGUCUUCUCUGACUGAUGAGGAAAAGGCUGCGGAACUUGUGUACCCCCGUCUCAACCGUAUUCGGGACAUCAGUGCCCAAGUCGCUUUGGCUGUCAUCCGACAGGCGCAGAAAGAGGAUUUGGAUGCGAAUAACUACCUCCGCACUCUUCCGGAUGAUGUUCUCUUGAGUCUCAUUCAUGAUAAAAUGUGGAGGCCCCAUGAACCUACCCCGCAUCUCUGACUGCAAUUGCACCCUUAAGAACAGUUCGUAUACUAUGUCUUGUGGAUGCGUAUUUCUACCAACAGGCGUCGGCGCAUUGCCUGCUUUGUGGCACCUCAAAAUAUGGAUCAUUUGCUAGUUGUCCAUGGAUCCCUCUUUGCGUUAUGUCCGGGAUAAUGUUUUUGUACCAUAUGACCAUUAUAUGUUGUAUAUUGUCUACCUUGUCUACAGCUGCUUCGAUGUGCAGGAAACCCUGGUUAAGAUGGUGUGAUACAAUAAGAUUUUCUGAGUUGAUAAUAAAUGUCGUUUAGUUGAUGAGUAA